AUGUACGUCAAGCAAAUAAUCAUUCAGGGCUUCAAAAGCUAUAAAGAUCAAACGGUUAUUGAGCCGUUCUCCCCUAAACACAAUGUCAUUGUCGGUCGCAACGGUUCUGGCAAAAGCAACUUCUUCGCGGCCAUUCGUUUCGUCCUAAGCGAUGCCUACACUCAUAUGGGCCGAGAGGAGCGACAAGCCCUUCUACAUGAAGGCUCUGGCUCUGCCGUGAUGUCAGCGUAUGUUGAGAUCAUCUUCGACAAUUCGGACGAUCGGUUUCCUACUGGCAAGCCAGAAGUUGUGCUUCGACGAACCAUCGGGAUCAAAAAAGAUGAAUAUACACUGGAUCGUAAAAAUGCAACGAAAUCCGACGUGAUGAAUCUCCUCGAAUCUGCCGGUUUUUCGCGCUCCAACCCUUACUAUAUCGUUCCGCAGGGUCGUGUGACUGCCUUGACCAAUAUGAAAGACUCAGAGCGCCUGAACUUGCUAAAGGAAGUGGCAGGAACACAGGUUUACGAAGCACGCCGUGCCGAAUCUCUGAAAAUCAUGCACGAGACCAAUAACAAGCGAUCCAAGAUUGACGAAUUGUUGGAUUUUAUCAACGAACGUCUUUCCGAGCUUGAAGAAGAGAAGGAUGAGCUGAGGAACUAUCAAGACAAAGACAAAGAAAGAAGAUGCCUGGAAUACACAAUCUACUCGCGCGAGCAGCAUGAGAUCUCCAGCUUUCUCGAUAGCCUGGAGGAGCAAAGGCAAACUGGCGUUGAAGAUACCGAUCUCAACCGUGAUCGAUUUAUCCAGGGGGAGAAAGAAAUGGCGCAAAUUGAUGCGGAAAUUGCGGAAUGCAAACAGCAAAUCGAAUUCUUGAGAGUAGAUAAAUCGCAACUAGAAGAUGAACGUCGCGAAGCAUCGAAGGCUCUUGCGCAGGUAGAAUUGCAGGCCAAGUCUCUUUCUGACAAUCAAGCUGCAGCCCAGGAUUUGAAACAGCGCCAUGAUGAGGACCUGCAGUCUGUCCACGCUGCAAUCGACCAGCGCGAAAAGGAGCUCCAAGAACUUAUUCCCCGCUUCAAUUUGGCCAAGGAUCAGGAAGAUGCGGUCAAGGCACAGCUUACUGAAGCUGAGACAUCACGCCAGAGACUGUAUGCAAAGCAGGGCCGGAACUCGCGCUUUAGGAAUAAGUCAGAACGCGAUAGGUGGCUCCAGGCAGAAAUCAAGGAUAACUACACCUCUAUAUCAACUGUACAAGGUGUUGUAGCGCAGACUCAGGAUGACAUCAAGGAGCUCGAAAAUGAGAUAGCUCUUUUGGAACCAGAGACUGAACGGUUACGCAAACAAAUUGACGGCCGAGGCGUCACGAUUCAGUCUGUGGAGCAAGAAGUUCAAAAUGCAAAAGAUGAGAGGGACCGGCUGAUGGACCAAAGGAAAGAGCUGUGGAGGGAGGAAGCGAAGCUGGACUCGAUUUUGUCGAACGCUUCAAACGAAGUUGACCGAGCGGAACGGAAUCUCUCUCAGAUGAUGGACCACAACACGAGUCGCGGAAUUGCGGCUGUUCGCAGAAUCAAGCGUCAACACAAUAUUGAAGGUGUUUACGGUACAUUGGCCGAACUCUUCGAUGUGAGUGACAGAUAUAGAACAGCAGUCGAGGUUACUGCUGGCCAGAGUCUGUUCCAUUACGUUGUUGACACGGAUGAAACGGCCACGAAGGUCCUUGAGAUCCUCCAGCAGGAAAAGGCGGGAAGGGUCACCUUUAUGCCUCUGAAUAGGUUACGAUCGAGGCCUAUCAACAUGCCCAGGGCCAGUGAUACCAUUCCUAUGAUUGAAAAGUUACAGUAUGAUCGAGCAUAUGAGAAAGCUUUUGUCCACGUUUUUGGCAAGACAAUCAUAUGUCCGAACCUGCAGGUUGCAGCACAGUAUGCUCGGAGUCACGGUGUUAAUGCUAUUACCCCUGAAGGUGAUCGUUCAGAUAAGAGAGGUGCUCUUACUGGUGGUUUCCAUGAUUCACGUCAAUCGCGGCUUGAUGCGGUGAAAAACCUGGCAAAGUGGAGAGAUGAAUAUGAGUCAAAGAGGGGUCGUGGUGUGGAAAUCCGGGCCGAGCUAGAAAAAAUGGAUCAAAUCAUCACCAGAGCUGUUGGUGAGUUGCAAAAACUAGAGCAGCAAAGACACCAAGUCCAAAAUAGCAGCGGUCCCCUGCGCCAAGAGUUAAGAGGCAAGCGCGAUCUUCUCCAGAAGAAGAUCGAUAAUCUUGAUGCCAAGCGGCGUGCUCUCCGAAACAUUGAAGGUAACCUGGCCGCUUUGACCGAUCAGGUUAAUGCGUUUGAAGCGGAAUUAAGCUCUCCCUUCCAAAAGGCACUGAGCAAUGAGGAAGAAACUCGCCUUGAACAUCUAAAUGCUGCUGCCCAGGAACUUCGUCGGCAAUAUCAAGAGCUGUCAAGUCAACGCAGUGAUCUGGAGGGUCGGAAAUCCAUCCUAGAAGUAGAACUGCGGGAAAAUCUGAACCCCCGUCUUGACCAGCUUGUCAGUCAAGAUCCUGAUAUGGUUGACGAUGACGGCCAAGGCAACUUGAAAGAGACUCAACGCGAAAUGAAGCGCCUUCAUAAGGCUUUAGAGAAGCUUAGUCAACGUCUUCAACAAGUCGAUGACUCGAUCGACCAAACGAACGGCCAAGUUACCGAUCUCCAACAGCGAAAUGCGGAAACACGACGGGAAUUAGAGGAAUUAGCUAAAUCGAUCGAAAAGCAUCAGCGUCGUAUGGAAAAGAGCAUGCAGAAGAAAGCUGCCCUAACAAAGCAGGCAGCUGAAUGUGCGGCCAACAUUCGUGACCUGGGUGUUCUACCAGAUGAAGCGUUUACGAAGUACAAAAACACAGACUCUAACACUGUCGUGAAACGGCUACACAAGGUCAACGAGGGUCUCAAGAAGUACUCCCAUGUUAACAAGAAAGCAUUUGAGCAAUAUAACAGCUUUACGAAACAACGUGAGGUGCUUACAUCGCGAAGAGAAGAGCUAGAGGCCUCCCAGAAGUCGAUCGACGAUCUAAUCAACGUGCUCGAUCAAAGAAAAGAUGAAGCCAUCGAGCGCACCUUCAAACAGGUCUCACGAGAGUUUGCGAAUGUCUUCGAGAAGCUCGUUCCCGCAGGCCGAGGGCGGUUGAUCAUUCAACGAAAGACCGACCGUGCUCUCAGGCCAGAGGAUGAUAUGGAGUCCGAGGAUGAAGAGGCACGUCAAAGUGUCGAAAACUACGUUGGAGUUGGAAUCAGUGUCAGCUUCAACAGUAAGCAUGAUGAACAACAGCGUAUCCAGCAGCUUAGUGGCGGACAAAAGAGUCUUUGUGCCUUGGCAUUGGUCUUUGCCAUCCAGGCCUGUGACCCAGCGCCGUUCUAUUUAUUCGAUGAGAUCGAUGCCAACCUCGAUGCGCAGUACCGGACUGCUGUUGCCCAGAUGCUGAAAUCCAUAUCUGACUCAACAAAUGGGCAAUUCAUUUGUACAACCUUCCGGCCGGAGAUGCUGCAUGUAGCAGAGAAAUGCUACGGUGUCAGUUUCCGGCAGAAGGCCAGUACGAUCGAUGUCGUGUCGAGAGAAGAAGCUCUUAAGUUCGUUGAAGAGCAGAAGACGUGA